AUGGGAUCCAAUAUCAAAUCACUCCUCGAAACCACCGUCAAGGACAGACGACUCCCCGGCGUCGGAGCAUUCGUGGUCGAUGCAACUGGCAAAUUCAUCUUGAACGAAACGGCUGGGAAGUUGAACUUGGACGACGAGCAGAGUGGUGAUUUGACAUCCGACACUCCAGCGCCCAUCUAUUCCUGCACGAAACUCGUCACCAGCAUUGCGAUCCUGCAACUCGUCGAGCAAGGCAAGAUUUCGCUCUCUGACAGUGCAGAGAAGUAUUUCCCUCAGAUCUCCGAGAUCCAGGUCCUCGAGUCCAUCACUCCCGCGGCCGAUGGAAAGCCCGCAGAGCAGAAAUGGUCCAAACCAAAAUCGCCCCCCACCAUCCUCCAGCUCCUCACUCACACAGCAGGCUUCUCGUACGACUUCUUCGACACCCCAACUGGCCAAUGGCGCGCUGAAACUGGUCGAGCGCCGUGUGGCUACCACGCUGUUGGAGACAUGGAAGACUUCAAGACCCCUCUGCUCGCUCAGCCGGGGACUAAAUACAUCUACGGCGUCAAUAUCGACUACCUGGGUUUCAUCAUCCAAGAAGUCACGGGGACCCGUCUACCGGAACACAUCGAACAGAGCAUUCUCAAACCCCUCGGCAUGAACGCCACUGGCGCAUUCCUCCCCAAAAACACCCCCCGCCUGAUCACCCACCUCCGCGUGAACGGCACCGACCUCGUCGCCAACCCGGCGGCCGUCAACAACGAAAGCCCUGCACUCUUCGGCGGCGGCGGCUACCUGUAUUCAACCAUGAACGACUUCGCGAAGCUCCUCGCCACCAUCCUCAACAACGGCACCAGCCCCGAAACGGGCGCGACGAUCCUGAAAUCCGAAUCCGUGCACAAAUACCUCUUCACCGACCACCUCGACAACAGCGUCGACAAAUCCGGCCUCGGCGAAAUCGGCACCUGCGUCCCCGUCCUCAGCAACGAAGGCCGCUUCUUCCCGUCCUUGUCCGUCGAACAGAAGGGGUGGUCAUGCGCUCUGCUUCUCAACCACGAGGACCUGCCGAACGGUCGCAAGAAGGGUAGUGGAGCCUGGGCCGGCCUGGGCAAUCUGUACUAUUGGAUUGACCCGAGCUCCGGCGUAGCGGGCAUGAUCUGGACCAGUGUCUUGCCGUUCAUGGAUCCAGACGUUCUGUAUCUCUUUGAUCAGGUCGAGAGGGUCGCUUAUGGGCAUGAGAUUGUUACGGACCGGAAGGGUCUGGUGGGCAACCAUAUUGGCGCGCCUAAGUUGUGA